AUGUUUCACGUGCUCUUUUUUUUUUUCGUGUUCUGUGCGGAAGAUCUUGCCCACAUAAGGGCCAGCCAUCUCGCACCUGGACUUGGUGACAGUGGACGGGAUGGGCCAAGUUUUGAAGAGGUCGGGUCCUGUGUAGUUGCUGUUGGUUAUUUGAUGAGUGAGGUGCAGUCUCUUGAGGGAAGUGAGGGUGGGAGUGAUAGGUCUAGUGGAGGUGGUGUUGAAGAGAACGAUGACGAUUUUGGGAAUUUUUCAGAUGCGUCCAUUGAGGCUGCAGAGGAAUCGGAGCAGGGCCAGGAGGAUGACGAUGCGGUUGCGUUGAUGGAUGAACCUAAGAAUAUACCGAACGUGUUGAAUAAGUGUCUUGAUAAACUUUUUGGUCCCAAUGAGGAGACAUCAUCGGCUCCUGAUACAGAGUCGCAAUUUCAACUGGAUGAUAUAUUAAAUGAGGAGAGACCGAGAAUAAUUUAUAGACAGUUAGUGACAGCCCAGAUUCUGUCACAGCCCUUUAUAUGGAGUCGGUCCCACAUUAGAGAGUCUCUUUUGCAUAUUUUGGGGGUAGAUGACAAGAAACGUACCACACGCCAAGAGACUCGUGAAAUACAAUUAGACGAUUCUCUGUACCUUCGAAUCUUGCAGCAUUUAAACGUUGCGAAGCCUAACUCGGAGAGUGGUAGCACUAGUGGUGCUGGGAGCUUACCAUUGCUGAGGGAUCGGUUUAAGAUCAAGUAUGCGCCACGCUUAGCACAGCCUGCCUCGUUGCAAGAGGAGAUAGAUAAAGAGCAAGAGGCACGUAUCCCGACGCUGAUUACCGAGGGCAUAGCAGACCGAGAUACGAUUGGGUUAAAGGAGUACCACGACGAGUUGUGUCAUCAAAUCGAUUCGUUGGCGAUGAAGUUGCGAGACCUAAAUGGGAGGCAGGAGUUGCUCACUCAAGAUAAAUUGUUGUUUGAGAAUGUAAUCACAAACCUUAUUGGGCACACACAGCGGCUACAGAGGGACGAAAUUGCAUUAUACAAUAAACAGUUCAAAAAACGGGGCAAACAGAAACUUGGUAAAUGGGUACCAAAUUUCUGA